AUGACACGACAACCAUCUCCCACCCGCAACAGUCCCACAUCCUGGUUGGGGUUUAAAGAAUUGGCGCGACAGCAGUACGAACGUGGCAACUACGAAGCGGCCUUGACGAGUUACACCGCUGCCAUUCAUCCCGAUCUCCACUGUCCGGCAUCCGAACAGCAAAUUCUCUUGUCCAAUUUGGUGGCGUGUCGCUUAAAAAUUGGUGGUCCGGCCCAAGCCCGAGCCGCUGUCGACAAUGCGAAACAAUGUAUUGCCUUGAAUCCCAGUUGGGCCAAAGGACACGUGAGAUUGGCGUCGAGCUAUAUUGCCCUGGGGGGACAUUCCAACGAUGCUUGUAAUGAACUCCAGCGUGCUCUCUCUCUGGAUCCUGGCAAUAGUAUGGCACGAGAAAUGCUCCUGCGGGAAUUGAGGCGAGAUCAUGCCGCGGCGGCUUCGACGGCAAGUACUAGUGGUACUGGCACUACUAGCGAGAAUGCCCACAAUAAUUCGCAGCAAUUUACGGAUCAAACGCCACCACCCAAUCAAUCGCAAAAUCAUCAACAACAGUCCAACAAUCACCAAAAUCAUCAUGUGGACGAUUCCUUGACGAUUUGGGAACGUUUUGAAUUUCAUUGGGGGCGUGCCACGGCGUGGUAUCACAGUCAAUCGAGUGAUCUCAAGACGGUCCUCAAAAUUAUUCUCCUCUUGUUGGUUUUGUAUGUGGCCUUUGGAGGUCGUUUUGGACUCGCCAACAAUACAAGAAGUAUGGGAAAUUAUGGAUCCAACAGUGCGUAUGAUCAAUAUAGACGGUAUGGAACCACGGAAUCUGUACGACAACAACAACAACAAUCACGGUCGUCCUACCCCUACAACACGAAUAACCGACGAACGACACAACAAAGAAAUCACGACAAUGACUAUUAUUACGAUGAUUACAGUUCCUCCCGACAACGAGGCAACUCUUCCUGGAGUACUGGUGGUGGAUUCAAUCCCUUUGAUGGAAGUUUGCAAUCCAUGAUGUUACUUGGUGGAAUUGCAUUUGCCGGGCAUCGAAUGGGCAUUAAUCCAUUUCAUACCAUGAUGAUGAUGAAUGCUCUGGGAGGUGGACGAAGAAGGUUUCGACCCAUGGGCGGAGGAGGAUUUGGUGGAAUGGGAUAUGGAGGAUUCGGUGGUGCCAGGAGGGGGUUUGGAAGAAGGAGAUUCUGA